AUGGUAUAUGCUUUCCUGAUCCAUUCUCUUGCUCCUGGUCCAUGCAGAAUAUUAUAUUGUUCGGUAUUUACACAUGAUUCUCUGGUAAGUAAAUUCUCUCACAGAACGUUGGUCGUUUUACUGUUGGAAUGAGCAACUUUUGAGAGUAUCCAUAGUCUGUGGAAAUAUUGGCUUUUCUUAGUAACUUGUUUAGAUCAAGGUGUUUAACCCUUUCACUCCCAUGGCACUCUUUCGUGACCAAAGGAAGGAAGGCAUUAUUUACUUCGCGUUCCAGGGUGCAAACAAAGUCAGUUUUACAGCCUGCCAUUCGGGCCAGUAGUAGCUAGCAUGUACUAGCUCACAAGUCAUUUUAACUAGCCCCAAAACCCUUUUUAUUGACCAGGAUUGAUUACAAUCUGCAAUUUGAAUUUCCCCAAAAAACAGCACUUGCCCAUCAGGCAAGUUGAGAACAAAAAUCACUAGCCCUAUAGCAAAAUCCACCAGGCCCGGGCUAUCGGACACGACUUUCUUUGAAUGUUGCCCUGCGAGCAGUGCAAUGGAAUGUUGAUAUUUUCAAACAAACUUACAUUUCUGAACUGUGUUGUUCCAUACUCCCUCACUACUCCCACAGGAGAUUAAUUGGUGAGGAGUUUGCCACCUUUCCUUGGAAUUUCCGAUAGAGAUACAUACUCCAGUCAGUAUAAAACAUGGAUGUGCCGCUGUGAAGGGUAUGGUUUUCAAGCAGUUUACUCUAGGAUAGGGUAUAUAAAUCAGAGCAUUUGGGUCUAGAAUAGGGUAUCAUUUUUCAGGAAACUGAUCAGUUGGUUGAAGAUUUUAUCUAGACUGGGGAAACAGCUACUCUAGGAUAGGGGGAUUUUGGGAGUUUACUCUAGUAUAGGGUAGCAAAAUUCAGCUGAACUAGCUCUGGUAUAGGUCAAGGGUUCCAGGGUCCCAGCGGCACAUCCCCACCCAGAAAUUCCUAAAGUGCCCCCCCCGGGACUGCGGACCACGGACUGCGGACUGGGUAUAAAACGCGGACUAGGUAUAAAACGCGGACUACGGACUAUGUAUAUAAAAACAGCUUUAGAAGGUAAAACUGAGAGAAAUAGAAAGCGGACUAGCAAAAACAGUAGUCCCAGCUUUAACACUGUUCACAUAGUCUAUUCUUCCCACAGAGAAGGAAGGUUAUGUCGGUACUCAAGGCAAUUGAAAUUAAACUCUGAAUUUUAUAAAAAGAAGGAGUUUGAAGAGAUUUCAAUUCGCAGUUUUACACCAAUAAGAAGCACCGAAUUAAAAAAAAUAGUAUAAUUGGUGUUAGUCAGAUCAGUAAAAUUCUUAUCGGAUGCCACAAUUCUGUUUCAAAUAAAGGCUUGGGAAUAUGAGGACUGAAUGAAGAACUCGGACGAGAAGGUCAAUGUGAUACACAAAAGCAGUAUUUAGGUGCGAGGGAUUACUCACAUACAUGAAUAAUAACUGAAAUGAGUCAUCCAACGUUAUAUUCUAAGCGAAUCCGAAUCCUGACCUUAUUGCAGACCAAAAAAUUGUCAUUUUCCACACCCGUUUUCAGACUAGAUCUCUAAAAUCCGUACCCAUUUGUGGACCUGGCCGUAUUUAGCCUGUUCCAGGUUCUCAGAUAGUUGGGGAGACUCCCCUGUUUUGUCCCGUUUUAUUUUCGUGUUUUUGCUUUCUCAAUUCAGUGGACCCAACUAUCUCAGAGCCUUGAACAGGUUAGGUCUAAUUAGGCACAAAUUUUGUCACCAUUACCAAGUUAGAGCGGAAACAAAAAAAUUCUUCAAAUGCAUUUCGAAUUCGCACAUUUCUAUUUUCUCUUGUUGCUAAUCAUAUGGAAUUGAAACGAUAAAUACGUCCAUUCGUGUACGCUCCCGUUGUUCCCUCGAAAACCAUACCCGAUUCCACACCAAAAUGGGCAAAGUGUUUUCAGACCAAAAAGGCCCAAACCCACUACCCUUCCAUUAUAGAAGGGAGUACCACCCCUGAUCCUGACCCCUUUCAUGAUUGUUAGAGACCAAGGCAAGGUCUAAAAAUGGGCGAAGAAAAUAGCAUUUUGAUCCGGCUCAUGAUUCAGAGAACCGGCCGGGACACCUCCACCAAGAAUUUAUAGGAGUAUUUACAACUUUAACUCACGUGUCUUGCUAUUUAGCGAUCUUUUGAUCUCCUUACCUAGGACCAAUUUGCACGGUUUUUACCAAAGUAGUCCGUAGUCCGUAUUUUAUACCCAGUCCACAGUCCACAGUCUGCGUUUUAUGCCUUGUCUGUGUUUUAUACCCAGUCCGUAUUUUCUAGUCUGCGUUUUAUGCUUAGUCCGUAUUUUAUACCCAGUCCUUAUUCCGCAGUCCGCAGUCCAUGUUUUAUACUGACCGAUACACACACUCUGGUGUCACCCAUUGAUGCCUCAAACAGUUCGGAUGGUCUGCAGAAGCCAAUUGGUCCUUGUAACAAAAGAUUCUUUUGUUUCACUUGUUAAAAAUUUGAAUAACAUUAACAAUGUUUGUUUAAAACGAUGAUGUCUCCUUUUUUGAAUUCACCAGGACAAAACGUUUCCUUGGCAGGGAGUUGUCAGAGAGCCAAAAUGUGAUGCUAAAAACUGUAAUGUGUUUUGGAAAACUACUUUCUGCCGUUUUGGGAAAGUUUGAGCAUGAAAUCUUAGUCUGUUGACAGAAAAAGUCCAGGUCUUUUUUAAAAUGAGAUAUACAUGUACAUAGGAGACAAAUUUUGCCCUCUGUCUGGGAUAGAUAAUCUGGGUUGAUUGACUUAACAUAAAAAUCACCUGUCAAAGUUGAAUGGAUUCAUUAGUACUAGUUCAGGUAAUUUUUUGCGUUAAGGGAUGGUGGUACAGGUACUGCCAUGGGCAACUUGUAGAGAGCAGUAUACAUAGGUAUGGAUAAAAAUGGACACUGGGUAAAUUAAAGGGAGGUCUUGUUAAUAUUGUAACUGUUUCAUUUCAGCCUGAUGGAGUUAUCAUUCAGGAUGAACGUGAAAGCAGAAAAGAGCAGUUGUUACAAGUUGCACAGCGUGUACAGUCUGAGUAUUCAUUUCGGUAUGUGGCGUUGGGUGGUACCAGCCAUGAAGAUCUGUCUGGGUUAGCUUCAACAGAUGAGUAUGUAAUAAUAAUAAUAAUAAUAAUCAGGGUUUUCAUUAAGAAUUCUAGUAGCAGGAGAAAGGUGUAAUGUUACAGGAGAACUUUUUGAAAGAGGCUCUACGUCUGAAUAGAAGGCUACCAGACCUUUGCUGGAGAAUCAUGUGUACUAUAGCAAAUGGAGAAUUCUCUAAUCUCCGAUGCCUAAUGAAAACCCUGAAUAAUAAUAAUAAUAAUAAUAAAUUGUCACGUAUAUUUUGGAAGAAGGAGAAUUCUGAUACCAGAAAGCUCAGAAAAGAUUCCGAGCUCCAGGGUAGAAUUGAACUCACAACCCUCUGAGUUCUAGUUCAGACACUCUAACCACUGACCUAUUGGAGGCUCUAUGGUGGGAAUUCUUAGUGAGGGUGUGACACCCAGCUCUCCAAAUCCUGACCCUUUUUCAGACCAAAAAAUGUCAUUUUCCACACCCGUUUUCAGCCCCGGCCUUUAGGCAGAAAUUGUGUCAUCAUUACUUAGAUUAGAGUACAAACAAAAAAUUCUUCAAAUGCGUUUUGUAUUUGUAUACUAUUUUCUAUUUCAUUCUUAUUCAUUUUUGAAACAAUGUUCUACAAGCAUACAUUCCCGUAGUUCCCUCGAAAACCAUACUCAAUUCCAGACCAAAAUGGGCAAAGUGUAUGUACCCAUUUUUCUGCCAAAAAGGCCCAAAAACCAUACCCUUUGGGGCAGCACAUACCUAUAUGGUUUAUGGCUCUUUUAUCAACAGAUUUUCUCACUUACUGACCCCCUGAGAAACCUUGUCCUGACAUUGCUUUUUUACCAUCACUCCUUAAGUGUGUUCUAAGCCAAGCUAGAUGACGGGUAUCAUGAAUGUAAAAUAACGUCUAUUCUAAUAUUUAUACACUUACGCAAAAAUAUUAACCUUUGAAUUCCUGCCCUGCACAGAUUAUGCAGAGGGUUAUUUUCUACUGCAGGUCAACCAUAUUCCACUUUAAGUGUUGUAUAGCCAUUUGAGCAUGAGUAAAAAAAAGAUUUACCUACUCUAGAGAAAUCAUUUUAGCUACAGCUUAUUAUUUUGAUUGAAAGGGGCAUUAAGUGUGAAUAUUACAACCAAAACAAGGCUUAUAGUCAAAUUUAUAGGACUGUGUAGUUUUUUCAUUGGCAGAUGCUCAAAGUUUUUAUUUAUGUAUUAAACCACUGUAAUAGGGAAAACUUUCUUUAAGUCUGUCCUAUCUGGUUUAGUUUCAAAAUAUUAAUGUUGUGUGAUGGACAUUACACAGAAUGUUGUGGAUCUGACUGUCUGUGAAUUUGUCAUUGAAAAUUUUAAUUAAUGCUUUAGGAAACUUGUACAUGUACAAUGUGUAUAUAUUAAAUUUACCAAUUAUAUGUGACAAUAAUUAUUGUAUUAUUGGGAUUAUGAACAUAAGACCCACAUAGUCAGAAAGAACAUGACAGCAAACUUUCCAAAAUACUCAAGUUUGGUGUUAAUCAGGUCAAUAUUGAACAAGAUAGAGCUAUUCAAGACCCCUAAAUGUUGUUAAGAAAAUACAGAGGUUUUCUGGUUAUCCAUUAUACACUUCUUAGUAACAAUCUGGCCCCGUCCCCUUUAAAAGUUAUAUAGCUGGUUCUCUAAAUCUCCUGUCCAAUAUGAUGAUCGACUUAUGUUUAGUUUGUAUUUUUCACAGACUUCUGUCGAAUUUGAAAACAGGUUUUUUCAGGUAAGCAUUUUCUCUUAUUUCUAGUCGGCAACAAAAUGAUCUGCGUCCAGCUGUUGAACUCUCUCCGCAAACAUGAUAGCUGUUCUGAAGGGAUGACGUACCUUGGUCUCCCCGGGCCUGACGACGACUCUACCUGCAGUCUGUACGAGUAGCCGUGCAUUACAAAGAUAUUAUCUUUGAUGCCAUUCAUAAUAUUUUGCUGUCACUGGUCCUCAAUCGCACGGUUGAUGUAGAUCGUCAAUAAUAAUAAUAAUAAUAAAAAUAAUAAUAGUAAUAACAGUAAUAAUAAUAAUAAUAGCCUUAGCAAAGAACAGAUGCCAGUUGAAAAACCACCAAAGAAAGAAGCAACAGAAACAUUUUGGCACAUCAAUUGAAAAGAAAAGCGAGUACAAAGACCCAGAGCUAGAAAUACAGAGAAUGUGGCGGAUGAAAAUCAAAGUGAUCCCUGUGGUAAUUGUUGUUAGUGCACUUGGUUCAGUAAAGAAGGGGAUGAUAGAAAACAUCAAGAAAGUAUCAGAUAGCUACUGUGACAGAGACCCAGAAGAUCUACAUGCUGGGAUCUGCACGAAUCCUCAGGAAGGUUCUUAGAGUAUGAACAGAAUUACACUGACUUGAGUAACUGAUUCUCCAGGUGCAUGGUUUGUACCAGACUGAUUCACAAAAAGAACACCAGCAAAGACUGUGACAGAAGAGGGAAUAAUAAUAAUAAUGAUAAUAAUAAUAAUAAUAAUAAUAAUAAUAAGGAUCGUUAUUAGUAGUCUUUGGAUAGUCAUUUUACGACAAUUCUCUUUCGUACACAAGAAGAAUGUACAUAGGGUAUAUAUUUUAAUAUUUCAUAUUCUUGAAUCUGUAUUAAUAGUCUAUUUUUUUAAAUCUAUGAAUAAAGUUUUUUAUUUUUAUUAUAAUAAGGAUCAUAUUAUAUUAGGAUUAAUAAUAUAUUAGGAUCAUAUUAGGUUUUGUACCAACCUUUUUUGACUUCUAAGUAUAGCUUCUCAAGUAGUGUUGGUUACAUUUAUGUGCCCUAUACUACUCAUAAAGUGGACAGCAUUAUAAAGUUUUAUACUGCGAGGUAAUAAUAAUAAUAAUAAUAAUAAUAAUGAAUAUAUAGAAGUAGCUCAGAGAUUUUUAGCCAAUCAAAAAUGGAGAAGUAUUUUGAAUGAAUCAUUGUUAGACUAUUUUUUAUUCAGUAUUAUAUUCUCUCCGUAAGUAGACUCUCACAAGGAACUCCAUUUGCAGUGGAAAGAAUAGCUCUAUGGAAGGGACUGGCAAAGUAAGUACAAGCGGUUUAAUUCUCUUUGAAAGCGUAGUAUCUGCGGGAUUUACAAGCUGUGCAGGAUUUGUUACUUUCCCAGAAUACCUUGAUAUCUUGCUUUCACUACUAGGGCUAUGUGUGUGAAAACCAUGUGAAAAGGGUGUGAAAAGUGUGUGAAAAAAAGGAACCAUGUGAAAUCAAUGUUGGCAAAAAUACAAGUUCACCACAUCAGCAUUUCACAUGCAUGUGAACUUUUUGACAUGCGUGUGAAACUUUGUAAUACAUGUGAAAAAUUUUUGUCAUAUGUGUGAACUUUUUUCCCAUGCAGUUUAUUACAUGUGAAAUCUUUUCAGGCAUGUGAAACAAUUUUGUCAUACAUGUGAAUUUCAAAUUUCACAUGCAUAAUAGAUGCUAUGUAUGUGAAAUUUUUCACAUGCAUGUGAACACUUUUAGGCAUGUCAGAGUGAGCAUGUGAAUUUUUUUCAGGGCUUUUUAAAUACAACCACUAUGAACCAUAUUUUUAUGAAAAUGCCAUGAAUUUCUAGUGAAUACCCCAUGAAAGUCAUUUCAUGACCCAUGAAAACUAAAAAAUUAAAUUUCAUGACUUUAUUUCUGGCCAUGAAUUUUCUAUGAAAGGUGCUCCUUGGUCUCAUGGGCCAUUGAUAAUCCAAGACACACACCACAUCUAGCAUUCUAUGGCUCAUGGCUGAUAAAUAUUAAACUAAGUUGACUAUGAGGGUCAUGAAUUUUUGAAGAAUAAGAUUUGAUAAGUUGUUAACCGAGAAAAUUCGCCAUACUAUAAUGCGUCAGACCUUUAAGGCAAGUGAUCACAACAAACAUGCUGUUACAAAUCAUCAUCAUCAUCACCAUUACAGGCGAACCCCAAUAUACCAAAGUGCCAAGCCCCAGAGGAGCCCUCUUGUAAAGCAGCGGACUGGAAUUAAUGUUCAAAGCUCUUUUCAUGAUCUAGCUUGCAACCAGAUCUCUCAGUCAAUAACUGUAUUGAUUAUUAGUAAAUACACAAGCCAGCGACCAGAGUUCUGCCGGCUACUCAACUGUAUAUCACCGGCUACGCUGGUCAUAACAAUUAGCUCGUGACAAACAAUCUCGAUUGUCACAGCCGCCUGCUUUUCCAGAGUUGGCGCCUACUUCAAAACAUUUUGAAACCCCUGAAUGCACUGUACAUUCUUCAUUAGAUUUGGCUUGAUUAAAAUCUAUCGAGUAUCCAAUCCAAAUGUGCACCUUUACAAAUAUAAUUAUUGUCUUCAUUGUUUGCUAGAAUAUGCUACAUAAAUUUAUGUAUUUUAUCAACUGUCUCAUCUAAAUAUGUGGGUUGUGUAUCUUACCACUUGGUUUCCAGUCAGAAAGAUGUGUACCAAGAUUUUUGUUAAGUGGGGAGGGCUAAAUCCUGAGAAUUAAACCAUUCUUUCAACAGAUCUUCAUUGAGGACAAAACGGACUUAAUUUUAUUACUCCAUCAAAAAACUAACUUUGCUAAUAUAUACGACAUAUGUAACUUAUACACUUUAUGAAUCUUUCGUUUCUUACUGUAACGUUCCUCGUUGUAAAGUUGAAAGUCCACUUGAACAUGCGAACAGUUCCUUGCAUUGCUUUGCAUGCUUUUUGAGUUUUCUUUUGAUACCGUUCGUUCAACGAAUGAUUCCUUGAAGCAAAUAACUGGCAUGCUCUUGAUUUGCUUAAGUUGUCUUUGGUUCAAUCAACUUUCGGUACCUGAGCUUGUCCAACAUGAACAACGUCCACAACACGUACAACUUUGAUUCAUGUAGUGAAGUCCAGCAUUUUUCAACGGUUUCCCAACUUGAAAGAACAAUGUUAAGUUUUUUUCUUGCUUCUAACACUUCAAAUGCGCUGGAAUAUUCUAAUCAAUGCUGAAAAUAACCGCUUUUUCGACUCAAACGAGUGCACUUUCUCCAUCGCAAGAUUAGCCGCCAUGUUUGUUGUUUCCCAGGCUUCCCCGUGAUUUCAGCACAUGCGCGAUUUGAUUUACGAUGUCACGUGGGGCUUUUGAACCAAUAGAAAAUUGUAAAGUGAAGUUCAAAUUUACGCGGACUUCACAAGCAACACAGCUUUGCAAACAGAAUAGUUUCGUUACUUUCGGAUAAAUAGAAAGACUGUCUUUCAAUAAUACGCGUGUUAUUUUCGAGAGAAAGUGAUCAAUUGCGAACUUCUUCACAUAAAGCAUGUUUCCAAGUCAGCAACUCAGCUGGAUUAUUGCACAAAGGUAUGUUCUUGUUAUCGUGGUUCGUUAACAUAAGCUUACUUUGGUUUUCCAAUAACUUUACGAAGCUUAAACCUUCAAAGAUACAUCUUAAAUUUAAGAUGCAUGUACAGAUAUGCCAUUGAUUGAUUCCUUUUUGUUUACUGCAGAAAAAACUGUACUCUUUGUUGCAAAUCGUCAAUGGAAUACUCUAAAAAUUUUAUGUUCUGGCGCUAGUAGGCUGUGGCAGACUUGUCAAGACCAAUGUUAAAUAAAAUAGGAGAAGAAAUAGCAUAAGUUUCCGAUAUGCAUGCAAUGUCUACUACAAGUUGGAAGCAAUUAAGUUUCCAGUUAAUUUAUAAUGACUUCAGAGUUGAACUAACCCUAUAAAAUUUGAGUAGGUUUGUUUAUUUGAGCUUCGAUUCAUAAUAUUCAUACGUCUGCAAUAAGGUCAAAAAUAAAAGGCACCUCUAUCUAGUCUGAUGUGUGGACCUUCAGUUCAGAAAGCUGUUCAGCGACUUGUAAAGAAGCAGUCAUUUAGCAUUAUUUUUUUCCAUAUACAUGCUUGUAUUAUUCAAAGAUGCUUAUUUACUUUGUCUUUUCACUGACAUUGAGUGCUAGAUUGCUUUUCUGUAACUUAGUAUACACAUUUGUAUGCCUUAAUAAGUGGAAAUUGCAAAUUGGCCAUCAUGUCAUUUACUAUCAUAAUUAUUACAAUUUAUAAGAAAUAUUUCUAACCAAAAAUUAGUAUAUUAUUAGUUAUUUUAUUGAUGUAGAAAUUAAAGGUAUAAAAAGUGAGCAUGAUAUUAAAAAGUUUUGUUGUAAUUGUCUGUUGCGUAGUUGGUUUGUUUACGCUCGCAGGGUAGUGAAAUUCCAUAGCCAUUGAUGAUCUCGGAUCACUGAGGCUUUACAUGUGAAAGCUCAUGUGAAACCCCAUGUGAAGUGUAUGUGAAAUAAUGUGUGAAUUACUGGAUGUUUUGCCAUUCAGUGAGGAUUAAGUACAUGUGAAAGCCUAUGUGAAACCCCGUGUGAAGUGUAUGAAAAUAUGUGUGAAUUUAAAUGAGGAUUGACAUGUGAAAGCCUGUGUGAAACCCCAUGUGAAGUGUAUGUGAAAAUGUGUGUGAAAGGGUUGACAUCGUUUCACACCCUUUUCACAUAUAUUUCACUAUGCAAAAUUUCACAUGCAUGUGAAAUAUGUGUGUGAAAUGCAUGUGAAAAGUGUGUGAAAAACGUGUGAAAAACAUGUGAAAUGAGUGUGAAAACAGGACAUUUUUCACACGUUUUUCACAUGGUGUUUCACAUACAUACUCCUAGUAGUGUUUGCCUUGGUCAAGGGGGUUGGUUGGGGUGGCUGGGGAGCUAGAGAGGGGAGGUAAUUAUGCAUUUAACGUUCCUUAGUCACAUGCCUUCUACGUUGUGAUCGAACAUGCCUUUGAAAAGUAUUAGGAAAUUAAGAAAAGUUGCCACAUUAUGUUAGAAAAGAAGCAUUAUUAUUCAUUCAAAAUAUUUCUCUGUUUCUGAUUGGCUAUUAAAAUCCUACGCAUAGUUCAUCAUAACCAGCUAUUAAUUGUCAACCAAGAAAGAAGAAUUUUGUGACUUGUGAAAAAAUUAUGAUGUCAAUCAUGCAGCAAAUUGCCAGAUUAUUGAACUGUUAACCUAGAAGAAGAGGGGAUGAGGUCGAGUUGUUUUGGUAGUGAGUAAAAAAUGGCGUAAUCUUGAGUAGAAACACUUCAUCACCUCAACGGCAACUUCAACAAACUCAAGCUUUGCCCAAAAAGCUAAUGAUAAGUAGGUGGAGACAGAACUGCCACCCCUUCCUGUUAUGGAGUCUGAUGACGAUGCAUGACUGUAAAGAAUUACACUCACUUUUUCUUACAACAAGUGGAUUUUAUGUUCAGACAACCAGAAUCUGCAGAGUAAUUGUCCGAUGGACACAUAAAGUGAAAAGAAAGUUUUUUGUCCUGCUUGAGUGAUUAGUUCCCACACUGAUGGGACCACUACCUGUCACACUAAUUUAUUCUUCCGUGGAAAAAUAAAAAGUGGGAGGGAUGGGUGGGUAAAUGAAUGAAUGAUCCAAAGGCUUAGUAGUAAACAAAGAGCUAGAGUGGCCACCAAGAAACGCUGUACUAAGCACAUGGGGCUGAGCCACCACGCUGACAGCUGACUGACAUGUGACAGAGCUCCUUAACCCUUUAAGCCCUGAUAUCCACUUACAAAUUCUCCAAACUGAUCUCUAUACAUUUCCAUUAAGAAUUAGUUGAGAGAAUUUGAAAAAAAGAUCAUGGAAUUUUCACUUUGGUGAUCAUUUUAUUAAUUCUCAUAACCUUUUCUUUUGACAAUGUAUGGAUAUUCUUGGGAGAAAAUUGAUGUUAGUCACCAUUGGGACUUAAAGGGUUAAUGUUGCUAACUGUGUUAAAUUUCAUUUAACUUCAUAAUUAAUAUAUUUUUUUAAUAUGUUGUUUUAUAGGGAGUGAAUAUUAAUAUUAAUGCAUAUGGUGGUCAGCUCAAUUAUUUUACCUGUCUUUUCCAGCUGUGGAUUCACUUUAAUUUGUGAAAAGGAUGAAAACCGCCUUGUUGCAGAGAAUGUUCUGAAUCUCAUAAUCAGACAUCUUCAAGAAUAUUGCCAAAUACUUCUACAGCCUUCAGAGGUACAUUGUUUUUUGUCCAAGUUUUACACGUAAUAUAUGCCUCAAGUACCCCGCUCCAGGCAUUCAGAUGUUGGGGAGUGAGUUAAAUCGUACAUGGGAAAAACCAGCUGGGGAAAAAUGACUAUAUCUGAAUGCCUGGAACAGCUGGCUAUGUCUUAAGUGACUUUCAACUUGCAAUAUCAUGAUUAUCAUAAUAAUACAGUCAAACCACCUGUAUUUUAAUAAUAGGUGGACAUCUAUGAAUACAUAUUAGUGGUCACCCUUUAUUAAGUGGUCCCUUACCAAAGUCCUGGAAAUAGUUUCCCUUGAUUACUAUCAGUUGACCUAAAUGUCACCUCUAUUAAGUGCUUGUGGCCACCUUAGUUUUCAGAGGUCCCAACAAGUUAUUUUUUUAGUCUGACUGUUAAUCACCUCUAUUAAAUGGUCACUUUGACGAAAUGUACCAUAUGCUACUGCAACAGAUUCUUUAGGUUUCUGGGGAAACUACCCACCUACCCCUCCCCUAAGCCAACAUUUUGCCCUAAGUGAGUAAUAAGUGAUAAUGAUGGCAUAGGGGAGGGGUAGGUGGGCAGUUUCCCAGAAACCUAAGUUGAUCAUUUUUUUUACUUCCCUCCUUUUGGCACUUGAAGGGGUAGAAACAGUCUGAGGACAAUGUUGUGGGACACAUAUUUCACUCUUUCAACAGCUUCAUUUUUCAAAAAUUUUUUAAUACCGUUACUCUUGAAAAGGUUUUUCAUCAAGCUGUAUUAAGUAGUCAGUAAUCCAUUCCCCAAUGGAUUUGGGUAAUACUGUUGACUGUGUCAUGCUUAAAAUCUUUGAUUGUGUGGUUCCAGAAAAUAUCCAGACCCCCACCACGGAGGGAAUUGGAAAUUCCAGAGGGGUGGGGGGGUCAGAGGCCCAGGAAAUUCCAGAAGGGAGGGGGGUUGGACCAUAAAAUCAGUUUCCAGGGGGGCAAUAUCAUUUUGUUUUCGACCUGAGAUCGAACAUUGCUUCUUACUGACCUGGUAGAUCAUUUUUAGGAAAUAAAUAACUUGAAAUAUAUCACUUAAGAUUGUUCCUUUUAAUCUUAACCAGGUUUCCUUUCUUCCAAAAGCGUUUUGGAUGUAAUUUCAAAGGAAUUAGACCGACUACAACUCGUUUUAUCGCAUGCUCAUAUAUUCGGCCGCCAUUACUCGUUACCAGUCUUCCCCAAAACAUCAACGCAUGCAACACAUCACGCAACACAACGCGUUGCGUCAGUCGAUCGAUAGACGAGAAGAGUGGCAAUUUUGCCUCACGAAGCACAAGCUAUACAUUGUAACCAUUUUAGAAUGAAGAGUUUUUAUUCUCCUUUUCAUUUUUCCUUAAUUUUUUGGUUGAAUGUGUGGCAUGUUCUUGAUCGAAUUCUCGCUAAAAUGGUGUUGAUUUCACCAAACAUUUAAAGGGCCAUCGCGCGUCACAUCGCAUCAGUCGAUCGAAAAACAGUAAAUUGAACAUGGUUUCCCUUCAAGUAUCUUCAAGAUGCAGGGGUAUUCAUUGUUAUCAUUUCAGAAUUCAGAGUUUUUAUUCUCCUCUUUGUUUUGCAUUAAUUUUGUGGUUGUAACUUUGACUUGUUCUGCAUUCCUGCACGAAAUGGCGUUAAUUCUAUCAACAUUACGCCCAUGAGACGAAUAACAAAUCUAAGCUUGCCCUGAUUAAGGUAAAUUCACAAAUAUAACCGACUUAUUAACUUUCUCUGUUUCAUUUAAAGUAAGAGAUGAGCAAAAAUUACAGAUCAGGUUACUUUGUGGUGGUGUAGUGUGUUUUAAUGUUGCGAGAUCACUCAAAUAAAUGGAAACAGAAGCAUACAAGCUUCUAAUGGAAACCGUUGGGUACUAACCAUAAGUUGCCCCAUUCAUCUACUUUAAUAGUCUUUCUUCGUGAAAAUGAACUUUUCCAGAGGGGUUGGGGGGUCUUUGUCACACUUGUGGAAAUUCCUAAGGGGUGGGGGGUCAUCAGUUCCCCGCAAAAAUGGAAAAUCCAGGGAGGUGGGGGGGUCCUAAGUGAAAUUCCCUCCGUGGUGGGGGUCUGGAUUUUUUCUGGAACUACACAUUAUUACAACUAGUGGGGGUGCCUAUCAUUGAUUAUAUUAAUUUUUAUUGAACAAAUGAUUGAAAAUGUUAAAGCACUGCGAUAUAAUUAGUUAGGAAAAUAUUCAGUCAAUCAUUGCGGAAAAAUUAGCCAUUUAUGUGAAAAGUAGGAACACACGGUGUCCUCAAUAGCAUUUGAAGCCUCUGUAUUCAGGAUUUUAGUCAAGAUAAAAGGGUAUGCAGUUCAGUAUUACAAUUUUGUCUUUUGUAGUACCAUUGGUUGCAUCUAAGUCUGUACACGUGGCAAAAAUACAGGUUCUAAUUGGGUGCAAACACGACAUGUUUUGCUGCCAAAAAUGAGAAGUUUGGGGUGGCGCUCUAGGCAAAUGAUCCCAUACAAAGUAGGUGGCUGUUUGUCGGCUUGAUUGGUUUUCACUCAACAAAAUAUUCAUCACAAGAAUUUUUAGAUGUUAAGAAGAAUUGCUGGAGUUGUAAAACUCCCAAGAAAAUGUUUUUUUGUCUCUUUUCCAUGCUUAGAUGUGACUGACAUUAACAGUACUGAUUCUAAUUUGUAGGCCAUUCUUAAGGCAGACAAGGUCACUGCUGUAACGCAUCAGCUUCUUCCAGAAGGCCAGGUAUACACUGUUAUCUCUGUUAUGAGCCCCUAGCUAGGGGAGGGGUACAUGGGGCUUAUUUUUCUAAUCAGUUGUGUGAUCGCAGAUGUAAUUUAACCCUGGCAAGUAACGACAAUGAAGCAAUGCCGAAAUCCUUGUUCUGGGCCCCCAACUGAGUCAACGAAUUACCAGAAAUGUGUUUCAAAAAACAAAACCUGAUUGGUAAAUAGGUAAUGGCUUUUUUUAACAGGCCAAUCAUGGGGCACACUCAAAUCCUGGUACACAGGUGGGGGCCUAGACAUGGAUUUUGGCACUGUUUUGCCGACAGACUUAACCAAACUUUAGUUUUGUCUGUGGCACGGGCUAGUUGUGGGGAGGAUUUAUUGAAGACGGGGUAUUAUAAUUAUGGUUAGAGGGUUAGAAGGGGCGACAUUUUAAAAACUGGAGCACCAACUCUCUGUAUUUCACUUUGUUUCAUAUAUUGUAACAGUUACACACUCAUUAAUCAGUCACUCAUUUGUUUCAACAAGAGUUUUGUUCAUGUUUCCUGACUGUUAAGUGUAACAGUCAUAAAACGUGACUAUUAGAGGGAAUAUAAAAUUAAUGCUCAUUACAGGAGGGGGCUUGAAAACUGUUUAAUAUAAGAAGAAAGGGGGAAAGAGAAGUGGUACCGGUGGUUGUGCUGGGGGAGGGGUUAAUUAACAAUUAUUCCUCAAGCUGGAGUGGGCUCUGGGUCAAUAGCCCAUUCGGCCUUCGGCCUCAUGGGCUAUUGACUCAGAGGCCAUGAGGGCGAGAGGAAUAAUGUUGUUUUAGUAAAAUCCAACCAGUUGGUCAAAAAUAUCGAGAAUAAAAAAAAUUUAGCUGGUUAAAAGCUAGACUUUAAUCCUUUUUUGCCGCCAAAAAGCCCGCGCUUUUCGUUACUAGUUGGCUAUAACAUAUAGCCUAGUAGUAGCUCAACCAAUCAGAACGCAGCAUUGAUAACAGACCACUAGUUGGAUUUUACUGAUGAGAGAUAUCACAGUAUUUGAUACAUUAUUCAUCACUAAGAUUGUCAAAGAGUUCAUAAAACACAGGGAAAGAAUGAGGUCUGAAUUUCUAAAAAUCUGGACUGAACAAGCUUGUUUGUUAAAAUAUAUUAUUAUUAAUAAUUAUAGUGAAAGAAAAGGUCAGCCCUCUUUCCCCUCCACAGACUCCUGCUCAGCUUCCUUUGCUUGCCAAUUUUUUUUUCUCACUUCUGAGCCUGGUACCAGGCUAAGGCAUCAAAAUCCUGACCUUAUCCCUGAUUAGCUAACCAUGGACAAAAUGCAAGUUUCAGUAGCCUGAGAAAACAGCUGACAUUUGGCAACGCUACCACUGGUUUCCUCACCAAAUGACGUCUGCGAGAUGAGUGCAGAAAUACCACACUGAUGAUGUUUCACUACCUAGACCUGGGUAGUGACUCUGACUGGUCGUGUCAUGUGGGAAAUUUGAUUCAACCAAUCAGAAGCACUACCCAGAUCUGGGUAGUGACACGUCAUCAGUAUGGAAUUUCUGUGCUCAUUUCUCAGACAUCAUUUGGCCGGGAAACCAGUUGUAGCGUCGCCAAAUGUCGGCUGUUUUCUCGGGCUAUAGUUUCAGUUGCUAUCCUUUUAUUUAUCGUUGGUAACUCUCAUGCAUUUAGUCAUUGUUGAGGUUGAUACUUUCAUUGGGAGUGUUUAUGUGCAGGCCUAGAGACAUUUUUUUUCUGUUAAAAUAUUUAAGAACUGAGUAGUUUAGAAGUUUUUUUUAAUUGCUCUUGUUUACUCCUUUUCAGCUGCUUUUUAUGAACAACCGGUUCUUGCGUCAAGUGGAAAAAGAGCUGGAACAAGUUGUCAAUGCUAAAUAA